AUGGGAUGUUCGAUAAAUAAGAAAAAAUUAUCCUGCUCUACUUCUAUUAAUAGUACUAAAACAACAAACGACAAUUUUGAGCAAUAUCUAAAGAGUGUGGGCUCAUUGGUUGAAUUCAACGAAAUUAGAAGAGGAAAGGUCUCUUAUUAAAUUUCCAAAAAUCCUAUCAUACUUAGGAGAUUGAAUAAAUCCAAAGAAAAACUUGAUGACAUAGACUAGGACAAGAUGUUUGUAAACUGA